GCCCCUUUAAAGACACCGGGACGCUGUCGCCAUCUUCCUGCGGGCCAUGUGCAAGGUGCAGGGAGCGGUCGCCUCGGCCCCGGCGCGUUUACCUCCGCUGCCUCGCUCGCCUAUCGCUCUCGUCAGCACUUCUCUCGCUCGUUGAAGCGAGCGCGAGCAGUCCGACAACCGUAUCGUGUUUGUUUCCUAUGAUUUCGAGUGUGACUUAAAGAGACAUCCGCCAUCCUCCUCCUCCUCCCCCCUCGGGACCACGGCCGGACCGGCUAGCCCCAGCCCCGAUCCCGCCGGCUUAGGCGCAUCGGUUCGGGCGGCGAGGCUAGGAAAGCCGUAGGCUUCGAUGAAGGGGGUCAGCCUUAGGCAGGCCAUCCUCCAGGCCUGGAGAGAACGCUGGCCUGACUAUCAGUGGGCCAUCAACCUCAAGAAGCUGUUCCCCAGGACCACUUCCUGGGAUGUGCAGGGCUUGGCGGAUCAUCUUUUGGAGCAGGCUAUGGUUGGCCCAGCUCCGAAUGCGCUUAUUUUCUCAUAUCUAAAGUAUGCCAUCAACUCACAGAUGGUGUCAUAUUCAAGCAUUCUUCUUGCCAUCACAAAGUUUGAAGACACUUCAAAGGAGCUCUGCAUGAAGACCCUGCUGGAUCUCAUUAACAACAUUUGCCCAAAAUUGAGCUGUCAUGGAAAGGCAGAGGAGUGCAUGGGUCUGUGCCGUGCCCUGCUCAGCUGCCUACUGUGGCUGCUGCAGUGUCUGUCGCACUGCUUGGAGAGGCUCAGAGCCAACGCCGCCAACGCCGCCAAUCCCGGUGGUGCCAGUUCGAGCGCCGGCGUCGACAAUCUGCUGGGCCCCAUCGCCGGGGCACUGGAAAAGCUGCUGGGCACCACAAAGAACCGUGCACUUCUGCACAUCGCACGUCUAGAGGAGCAGAGCAUCUGGUCGGUGGUGGAGCAGACCGCGUGGAAGGUUCCCGAGUGCUUGAUUGGCGUGAACAUCCAGGAUGAAGUCCGUACCCACCUGGAGGACAGCAUCCUCAUAAUAAAAGGAAUUCCUUCGCUGUUGACCAUACACGAAGAGCACUCCUACAAAACAGAAUACCCCACGGUCCACGCUCUGGUCACACUAGAGGGAACCAUGAACCUCACUGCUGACGGCCAACCUCUCAUGGAGCACUUACUGCUUGUCAAGAAGAUGCAGCGGAUACCCAUGCAGUACCUUUUGCUGGAGGUGUGGAAGGCCUGCAUGGUGGGGCUCAUAGAGGCUCAGGAGGGAAUCGAGGAGCUAAAGUGGACGGCAUUCACCUUCCUCAAGAUUCCACAAGUGCUGCUUAAAUUAAAGAAAUGCUAUAAUGGAGAAAAGGAUUUUUGCGAGGAACUCAACCUUGCCUUUGAGCAUUUGGUGAAACUAACCCCACUGCUGGACAAAGCAGACCACAGAUGCAACUGUGACUGCCUGCAGCUGAUACUGCAAGAGUGCAACAAACUGGAACUCCUUUCUGACAUUCACAUGAAGAAAUUGAUUGGAGUCAGAACUACAGAUCGUGAACAAGUACCUCAGUCCAAAUCUCCGGAGAACUCCAACGUGCAGCCCAACCCAGGACUCAUCCUCCGAGCUGAGCCCACCGUCACCAACAUCCUUAAAACCAUGGACGCAGACCACUCCAAGUCUCCUGAAGGCCUGCUGGGAGUGCUGGGUCACAUGCUGUCAGGCAAGAGCCUAGACCUGCUGCUGGCCGCAGCUGCUGCCACUGGCAAGCUCAAGUCAUUUGCACGCAAGUUUAUCAAGCUGCAUAGGCUGAACGAGUUUGCCAAGCAUAUGAGUGGAGAAGGAACCAAGGCCUCCCAGGUCCGAGCGUUACUCUUCGACAUCUCGUUCCUGAUGCUGUGCCAUGUUACUCAGAUCUAUGGCUCAGAGGUGAUCACGUCAGACCCAUCGGCGGGAGGUGAGCUAACUUUCUUCGAGUCGUGGAUGCAGCUGUGCAUGCCGGAAGAAGGCAAGAGCCUGAACCCAGAGCAUGGGCUCCGCAUUGAUCCCAGCAAAGUGGAGGCACUCAUCAAUCACCUCAACUCUUCGGGCGAGAUGAAGCUAGUGCAAGUGAAGUGGCACGAGGUGUGUGCCAGUCUGCCGGGGGUUGUGAAUGAGGUCCUGAAUGCCUGGGAGCAUGGACUGCUCACCAUGGAGAAUGUCCAGAAAAUCACUGACAACCUGAAGGGUAAAAUGUGCAGCAUGGCCGUGUGCUCGGUGGCGUGGCUCGUGACUCACAUCCGGCUCCUGGGGCUGGAGGAGCGGGAGAAGCCACUGCAGCUCAUCCAGCUGCUGGUGUCGCCCAUCCAGGGAGAGAGCACCCUGCAGUUCUAUUCGGAGAGGGUGAUCAUCAUGAGCUCCAUCCUGGAGAGGAUGUGCGCCGACGUGCUGCAGCAGACCGGCAUGACGGUGCGCUUCCCCGGCGGGGCCCCCAGCGAAGGAUCUCCGGCACCGGUGACGCGGGAACUGCUACCCGGGGCGCGGCCCGUUCGCGAGCUGCUCUCUUCUACGUUCUCGGCCUCCAUGGCGCGGGGGCUGCUGCACACGCGCGCCCUGCACGCGCUGGAGGCCAGCCUGCACAUGGGCGGCCUGCACUGGUUCACCAACAACCUUGUCAAGGAACUGCUGCAGGAGACUCGCAAGGAGAGUGCGGAGACAGCGGUUGAGCUCCUGUACAGCAUCUUUUCACUGGACAUGCACCAGCUAACGCUCUCGCUCCUUGGCCAUGUUCUGCCACCCCUGCUCACCAGCCCCGCCAAGUGGCCAUUACUCACUGACCCGCCAGGCCGGGCUCUCGCCAGGCUGGCAGUCUGGUGUGCCAUAACCUCAUACUCCGUGUACAACCGCAGUCAGACGUCUGCUCGCUACAGAAAGAGACCCCGGGAGGACAUCGAGGAUUAUGUCAGCCUCUUUCCGUUGGAUGACACGCAGCCGUCCAAACUCCUGAGGCUGCUGAGCUCCAAUGAGGAAGACCCCAGCAUUUUGUCCAGCCCAGGUGACCGAUCCAUGAGUAGUUCUCUCUCAGCUGCUCAGCUCCACAACAUCAACAUGAAGGAGCCUCUGAACCGUGUGCUGGCGAACCUAUUUCUACUGUUUUCGUGGAGCCUCACAUCCAAGGUGGCUGGACCUCAGACUCAGUUUGUGCAGUGGUUCGUGGAAGAGUGUGUGCAGUGUGAGCAGGGCAGUUGUACCAGCAUCCUCCACUUCAUGCCCUUCACCAUGGUGUCAGAGCUCAUGAAGCUGCCUGGCAUGAACAAUCCCAAGCUCAUCUUGGCCAUCACGGACCUCAGCUUGCCACUGGGCCGACGCGUUGCAGCCAAGGGGGUGGCGGCUGUGACACUAGCCCUGUGACUGGCAAGCGCAAUGAUUGUCUUGCAGAUCAUGGUAGUGACAAGUGUGAAAAUUGUUAAUUCGUGAUUGUCCAUUGGAAGAUUAAGUGCUUGCAAAAAAAAGAUUUAUGCAGGCCGGUUCAUUUAGCUGUUCCUCACUUGUUGAGGGCCAGUGCCUCAGUAGCCACAUGUCCACAAACACAUGGCAAUUCACAUGGUUUGCAUUGUCCCUAUUUUUAGCAGACCACUUCUUCCUCCUACACUUACCACGGAUAAAAGCGAGUUUAAGAUAGUUUUUUGUAUACGACGAAAAACAUGUGCAGCAAUGUUUAUUUUAUUUACAAUUGUAUUAAAAGUACAUUGAGUUCACUGGUAAAAUGUUUUCAGGCAUAGAAAAGGCGAUUCCAUGUUACUCUUAAUGGUCACCAUGACACUUGUGUAUCUAGUAAUGUGCUGCGAAAAAAAAUACUCCUUGGCAAUAAUGUAACAGAUGCUGUGUCCACAGAUGCCUAUUUAUUAUGGAGUGAAGUGGAGUGAAGUGUAAUACAUUUUUGUUGGUGACAUUGCGUGUUACAAAUGUAAUGUAUAUAUGUAAAGAACAAUUAACUUUUGUAAGGUUAGUUUUUUGUAUUCAGAAUGUGCCCGUGUUUUCAUAGCCAUUAUCUACAAAUGAUAUAAUUAAACAGUAAAAAAGGCCUGUAAUUUCCAAUGAAUAAAACUAUUAACAUUCUACAGAAUUGGUAUGCAUUGCAGAGGGUGACGAAUACCAAGGUGUUUGUGUACAAGGUAUCACUAGUAUAUCACUGGUAUAUAUCCCAAGACUGGCAUUGCAUCUUUGCUGUGCGGCAAUAUGCAGUCAGGAAGGGGGUUACAGGUGUCUAAAACAGUGGAACAAGUCCUCUGUCCAGAGACUCCCUCUCAGUGAUGGUAUCUUCCUUUAUCCAGGAACAACGUUUUCAGCUUCUUUGGAUAAUUGGCCAUAUCUGUCACUGUUAAGAGGACAAUAUAUGCUUGAAGAAGAUGCACAUCCAAAUGCUAAAUAUGGGUCAGAAACCUACUUGCUGUACAGCAUUCUGUAGGCACAUUGGUGCCCUGCAGGUGGGUUUCUCGCACGUAGUGCCUCCAUGGCAGCACGAUUCGCCAACUCGCUGGAUUCUCCUUGUCCGUCACUGCACAUCUGUGAUAAAGCGCUUCAUAGCUCAUCGGAUUUCUCCAGGAUAAAGAUUCUGAUUUGCCUUGAGAGCCUGAGGCACAAUCUGUAGAAAGGGGUCCAGGCCCUCAAUUAGUCAAUGGCAUUCAAAAGGUGUUUGAGGAGAACUUCUGUGGGUUGCACUUCUGCGCUUAACUGCCCAAUGUCAUGUUUCUUCAGAAGCUGAGGCAGAUAGAUGUCGUGCAGGACAUCAAUUAUCUCUGCAGGACACGGACAUUGAGAAAUGCACACACUUUGCAUAUCAAUUAUUGGUCUCGAAAAUUAAUACAUCUGACAAGAUUUUUUUACGGAUUGAAUUUUUUUUUGCAUUAGGUUUAUCAAAUAGCAAAAUAGCAUCGAAGGGUUACAUACCUCCAAAGGUCUUAUUUUUCCAGUUGGGAACGUGGAAAAGUUUCAGUUCGUACAACUUCCUUUGUAGCAACCAUGGUGGCAUCCUAGGGACAAAGUUUAAAGCGACUUAAUGAGAUAUUGAUUGUCACGAUUCUAGGCCAGCACCUGAGGAUUUGGGUUCCAGCCCACGUGGUUCAGCAUGAUGUUUGCCGUUUAAGCAUGUUUGCCGUUUCAGUUCCUGAACAAUAUCCCAGCAUAUGGAGGGAAGUGUCAGACAUGCCGAAUACGCGGUAAAACAUGAAAACAUAACAAUGCAGCACACCCAUGAACACCUAUGCAGUAGUAUUUUAAUGUGCUCUUGUGUAGCGAAUGAGAUUAAGUCUUGAUAACUGCACAAGCUCAUCUUGAUGUUUGUUUUGUGUGAAUGUGCCCUCGCCAAACAAACGGAAAGCUUUACAAAGGUGCAUCACGAGUAUAUUUCAAUCAGAUUUCAUUGCUUACUACAAGACGAAUGGUGCAUUACUCACUUCAUUUUUUGGCCGAUUCCAUCCCAGUCAAUAUCCGCACUGUCUUCAACUUCCAAGUUGUACAAACUGCUCGUGAACAAGGACAAUUUCCAAUAAACGUUAGUACUAACAAAAAAA